ACCUCCCUGUGAAACGAGUGAACCGGGUGGGAGGAAGGGAAGCGGCUGCUCAGACACCCAGGCUGGUACCCCUGGCUACUGGCGUGAUUAGCAACCGUUGCUGCUUUUAUCAGUUCCCCGAGGAGGAGCAACCUUAAUGUUUGCUGGCGACCGGCGAGCUCCAUCUUUGAAAUAAAACCAGAGGUGUGAAAUAAUGAGAGUGGAGGAGUGAAGGAGGCAGGUGUCCCAGCAGAACAUUGGCAGACAAGAGGGAGGCCAGGCAAGGAUGCUGGAGGCAGAUGCAGACCCAGUCGGCGCAGCAGUGGAAGGAGAAGGGGAGGCAGAGAUGGGGAGCAGAGACUUGAACGCAGAGGUGGUGCGGCUGACUCUGGAGCUCCAGGAGGCCACAGAGGAGAAGCUACAGGCAGCCCGCUAUGGCCUGGUGGUGCUGGAGGAAAGCGCUGCACUCAAGACAAAACACAGGCAGCUGGAAGAGGAGCAUGAAGCCCUUAAAGCAGAGCUACAGCAGCUCAAAGAGGCAUUUGCAGAUUCUGUGAGCAGCCAGAAGCGUGCAGCUGCAGAUGGAGAGUGCCGGGAGGAGAGCCUGCUGCAGGAGACUGCCACUAAGGAGGCUGCCAUGGCAACCCGCAUAGAGGAAGUCCAAGCAGAGCUCAAGCAGGCACGCCUUGCUCUGAGCAAUGCCCACGCAGAGAUCGAUAGACUGGGAGUGGUCUCCACCCAGCUAAAGAAGGAGUGUGAGUGUCUGGAGGCAGAGAAGGGCCAUCUGAGGGAUGAGAUGAAGGAAUACAAAGUGCGAGAGCUACGCCAGUUGCAAGACAAUGGCGAGCUUGAAGAAGAAAACAUAUCUCUGCAAAAACAGGUGUCUGUGCUGAAGGAGAACCAGGUCGAGUUUGAAUCGAUAAAGCUGGAGCUGACCCAGAAGAACGAGGAGCAGGAAGAGCUGCGUAGUCAGCUGGAGGAGGCAGCAAGGCUGAGAGAGAUAGCAGAGAGGCAGCUGGAUGAGGCCCUGGAAGCCCUGAAGGAGGAGAGGGAGCAGAAGAACAGUCUGCGGCGAGAGCUCUCCGCCCUGACCCUUAACCCCUUUGAUUCCGUGGGGAACCUGGAGCUCCACUUGGAGCAGCUGGAUGACAGCCAGGAGGAGGUCCAGGGGGGAGAGGGAGUAGGUGAGGGUGAGGGAGAAGACCAGGACAGCGGCUAUAAUAAUGGUCCUGGGUCUGCUCCCAGUUCUGCUCACCCUCCUCACUUGGGGGGCUCCAAAAGUAAUGGCCUCAUCCAUCGCUACUCUACUCCACGCAACAGUGACGUAUUCCUACGUGCUCCAGCCUCGGGACUGGUGUCGGACCUUCUGAGUGAGCUACACUUUUCAGACAGUCAGAAACUGAAACAGCAACUCCUACAGGCAGAACGAGAGAAGUCCAGUCUGGCUAGCAAAGUGGAGGAACUGCAGAUGCAGUUGGUAAUGUCCAAACAGGCACUAAGUCAGCAAGAGGACAAGGUUGGCUCUCUCACCCAACAGCUGGAGGCUGUGCAAAGCAGCCACCAGCACAACCAGGAGGCAGAGGACAGGGGAGAUGAUGAGACAGAGAAUGGAGAUGGUGGCAAUGGCGUCUUUGAUUACGAGGUAGACACCAAGAGCAAGGAGGUGCUGGAGGCGCGCAUGCGUUCAGCCAGCGAAGAGCUUCUGAAGCUGCGAGAUGAACUGUCUCAGGCAGGAGCUCGUUAUAACACUCUGGAGCAGCGAUACAAGCAGGAGAAGGAUCGCUGGAGGGCAGAGGCCCAGGAGCUGGCCGACAAGAUCCGUCAGUGCAUCAAAUCCAGCAAACAGGACCAGGAACGCAUCAGCGAGCUGGAGAAGGAGAUUGGAGCCACACGGAAAGUGGCAAUUGAUUCAGAAGGGCACUUGAGCGUUGCCCAGGAAGAGCUGCUGGCCUUCUCUGAGGAGCUGUCCAACCUCUAUCACCACAUCUGUGUGUGUAACAACCUGACACCCAAACGGGUCACCCUGGACUAUUACCGUGAUGGUGCCAGGGCGAGUGGUGGAGGAGGCAGCGCAAGAAGAUCACACCAUGUCUAUCCCCAGCACACCUCCCAGAAGAAGCCGCGAGCCAAUGACAUGUUCAUCUCCAAAGCUGCAGCAUUGCAGUUUAUGGGGGAGGUGGACAGUGCAGGAACCAGCACAGACUCUCCUAAUUGCCCUGGGUCCCCCACCCUGGAUUUCAGGGACCCUUCCAAUGUUCGCAACUUGGUAGCGGUCAUUCGUUGCCAGAUCAAACACCUUCGGGUGGCAGUGGAUCUCUGUCGUCAGAGGGGUGCAAUGCCUUACUCGGGGCUUAGCAGCAGUGGAGAGUCGGAGCGAGAUGCUGAGAGCCUCUUGGAGGAAGUACUAAAACUCAAGUCCCUUCUCAGUACCAAGAGGGAACAGAUUGCUACCCUCAGGACUGUUCUCAAGGCUAACAAACAGACUGCAGAGUUGGCCCUGUCCAAUUUGAAAACCAAGUAUGAGACAGAGAAGAGCAUGGUGUCGGAGACAAUGAUGAAACUGCGGAACGAGCUCAAAGCCCUAAAGGAGGAUGCCGCCACCUUCUCUUCACUCCGGGUCAUGUUUGCCAGUCGGUGUGACCAGUAUGUCACCCAGCUGGAUGAGAUGCAGAGGCAGCUAGCAGCCGCCGAGGAUGAGAAGAAGACAUUGAAUUCUCUGCUGCGUAUGGCCAUCCAGCAGAAACUGGCUCUUACUCAGCGUUUGGAGGAUCUGGAAGCCCCUCUGUCUCCCCACAGCUUAAACAGCAGCCCUCGUCGCUCCCGGGCCAAAGAACUGGCCACCAAAUCGGGCAGGGCCCCUCGGAGCCCCCGAAGCAGUCCAGCGCGUCCCCCGCUGAGGAGCAGUCCACGAGCUAGCCCGGUUCUUGGUAGCAGCGCUCCUGGCUUGGCCACGCACCACCUGCGAGCUCUGACCCGAAGCCUUCACACAAGUCCUCGCUGAAACACUCCUUCCAUUACUCCAAACCCCCUCUUCUCCAUAAGGACCUGUCUUCAUGUUGACUCCCUGGCUCCCUCCUCCUUUCCUGACUCAAGACAUCCUGUCCAUCCCAGAUAUGAUGCUACAUUCCCCACUCUACCCACCAGAACCAUGGAUUAAAAAAAAAAAAAAAAAAAAGUAAAAAAGACAAAAAAAAAAAAAAAUCUCUCAUCCCGCCCUCUUGGUCUUCUCUGCUUGGAGCGGAGAAACCUGCAUGCAGCCUGGAGAAGGAUGAAGAGACAAAUGUGCUGCUCAUUGCUCUGUGAAGUCAUUGACUGUGUCUUGUCUUGAGUGGUUCAAGCUUCCAUCUGGUCUUGUUGAAGGCUGUGUUCUGUGGUGAACCACUGACAGUAUUUAUUCCAGAAGGAGACUUUACAUGUACAGUAUUACUGUCCUCAAGGCUAUGAUCUGUUUUAAGGCUGUAUGUCUUUACACUCUUGCCUUUAGUCUGGCAUCCUGGUCAGGCCUGUCUGGCGUCUUUUAGUGUCUGUAAGCCUUUAGAUCAUCUGUGAUAGAUCUUGCAGGUAGUGGUUUUUAUAGAGCAAAGCAGCCUUAAUAACAGAAUUGCUAUCCUAAGUAGAGAGCUUGCUAUCGUCUGGAGUUUUCUCUCUUUUACUGGUGGUAUAGUUACAUGCCCUUUUUUUAAUUCUGUGAUAUGUCUGGCUCUUUGGCUUCAGCCACACCCUUUAACUCAAGGUCAGUAAACAUGGCAUUUCAUUGAUGGAAAUAGAUCAGCCAUAAGUUCACCACCUCAGGUCAAACACAAAGUAAUCAGAUACAUGAUUUGGGAGAUCUUUAAUGUGCGUCUUACUUUGCAAACUAUGCAGACCAAGUCAGGACAGUGCCUGUUUACUUCCUGCUGUUCUUUAGGAUGAGGGUGGUUUUGAAACUUACCUUCACUGUCAGUUAACAGUGGCUGACUGCAGUCAUUUUACAACAGCCAUUUAGCAUCUCUCACAAUAAUCAGCUUUUCAAAUUAAUCUUAGGGUGCACAGCAGCACAAGUGCAAGCAUCCCAUUGGCUGAUGGUGUUAAAAGGCAUUUCACUCAAAAAAUCAAAAGGGUUGGUUUUCCCUAGAAAUAGUCCCAACAUGUUGGGCCAUGCUCAUUUUGCUUGAUUGCAAAGUCAUAAUAACAAUUCCCAUUCUGCUUCUGCUUUUUCUCGCUCCAGCUAAGCAACGAUCCCCAUGUUGUGUAUUUCAUUGUUUAAUGUCACCAUGCUCAUGUGUGCUACCAAAGUAAGCAUGUUGUAAUGAAGUAGUGUUACCCACAGCAAGCUAGUUUCUUCUCCUGUGGCCUACAGCUUCCAUUGUUUUCAGUUAGGAAUGCUAAUAAUGCUAGCAGGCUGCUUGUAGGAAAUUGACGAACAAUAAUGUCCCAUAAUCAUUAAAAGCAUUACGUUGUGCUUUACAUUAAGCAGCCCACCAUGACUUAUAACAAUAAAUAAAUAAAUUUAAGAAAUUAAAACUAUUUCAAAGCAAAAAGACAAAGAAAAGAAAGAAAAUAAUACACAUUUUUACCAUGGAAAUAUACAAACAUUUGUUGAUGACCAGAACAUGAGCUACAUUAUAGAGUAGUUUAAUGCCGGGGCUGUGAUUUGAGGACAGCAUUACAUAUGUCAACACUGGUACAAUAACUCCACCUGUCAGAUUGAGUGCAGUUUAAAUUCAAAUUGAAUUGAUCUGCUGAUCUUUUACACCACAUUUGGAAAUGGAUGUUACGAAAAAUGAGAACUGAAUGCAAGAAAGUGUUGACAUGUUUUUUUUUAAGCUCAAUUGUCCUGUGGUUUAGUAAAAGAGGCCACAUCCUGCUGAUUGAUUUUUUAAUUAUUAUUUUUAGUGCCUUGGUUUUGAUCUUGUCCGUUGUUUGUAGACAACAGCAUUUUCUAAAUAGAGGCUUCUAUUCAACACUGUAGUUGUGAUUUUCUUUUUUUGAAGGUAUGUUUUAUCUGCUUUUGAGGAAACUCAUUUAGCAGUGUUAGCACUGAAUUAAGUGAUAUCUCAUUUUGGUAAAAUAUUUUCACUUUUUAGCUAGAAUGCCUUGUUUGAACUUCGUAGUAUUAACUAAUGAAUAAUUUAACUUCAGCUCUCUCUUAAAUUAAUGGUCAGUACAUAUGUUUAUUAUAGAGAACUGUUACUGUGAGACAAGUUACUGUAUAAAGAUUAUGAAUGCAGAAAAUCAGGAACAUAAUGUAUCAAACCAUAAGGUUAUGGUAGUAAUACCACUUGUUUGACUGUUCAUGAACUUGUGCUAAAAAGUGAAAAUGCUUUAACAUAAUGUUAUGUUGCUUUGAAGGUUGUAAAUGGAUUUUUCUGAUCUAUUUAAUUCAUUGUGCAGAUGUGUGUAUAAUUUAAUUACCAUUGUUGUAUAAUAUUUUAACUGUAUUUAUGUGGUCUGCAUUCUGUGUAAAUUGCUCUAGAAGAUGACACACACUCCGCAUAACACAUUUGGUGGUCCUCAACUUUUUAUGUGUAUGCAAGUUGACCUUUCAUUGACCUGUGAACCACUUUUGUCAUGAAGAAUAAAAACAAGCCAACACUG